UGCCCUCUGGACAAGCUGCCCACAGCUCCAUCCCACUUAAACCUCUCUUAACCCAUGCAGAUCUAACCUUGCUUUUGGUACUGGAAACAUGCCUCCAGCACUGCCCAUUGGUACAGUGCUCUCAUAAUGGCAGGCCCUGAACUCCUGUGCCACCUUUUUGCAAGUUCACCCUAGUGGAACAAAAUUACAAAAUCCUGGGCUCUGAAUUCUUAGCCAUCAGAGUGGCUUUGGGAAGGGCUGUAUCAUGGGGUACAGGACCAUAAGUUUCUGGGGUACUUCCAGAAGGCUAAGGCACUCAACCAGAGACACCUUUGGGCACCUUCUCCUGCUUUGCUUUCCAGAUAACUUACUAGGUCAUUUUUACUGGGGGUAGAAUCUGCGUGUCCCUGGAUUGGGCAAAACUAUAACUGGCCUUCUCCUGAACUGACUCCCUGUUAGCAGGCUAUCCCCGAACAGAGAAGAUACAUUGGCUUUCCUCCCGCUAGUUUUGGCAGUCAUGACUGCAACAUGGUGCAGGCCUUUAUCUGCUCUUGCAGUGUUUGUGCCCACACCAAGAGACCCAUUCAGAAGCCUUGCAGAUUCCUCUAACCCCUUCCCACCCUGCUCUGGCCAUUAUCUGCAGUCUCCCAGGUCCUCAUUGUAGACCUGCCCAUCUCAACAGUUGAUUUACGAUCCUGACCGUAAUGAACCAACUCACUAAAAUGGCCCAUUUACCACUUUUACCAUUGCAUGGACCUUCCAUCAGCACAGGAUAUGGCAUGGCUGUGGUUGAACCAUACAGUUGGCCUUCAACAGCCUCUCAGGUUCCAUCGUGCCUGACCAUGGGUUCCAAUUCAUUUCCUGGUUCUGGGGCCUUGCACUUCUCGCAAUAUAUGCCCAUCUCACAUUGGCCUGCCAUUCCCAGACAGAUGGCCAGACAGAUGAGACCAACUAGUCCUGGGUCAGUACCUCUGUUGUCACCUUGGUUUCAAACAGAAUAACAGGUUAUCUUAACAGUUUCAGAAUUAUCCUACAGUAACUUUUUGAGCAUGUCUUAGCCAGGCAAGGCCUGUUCUUCACAAACUAUGGGUUCUACCCUUGUUUGCACCCCACCUUAUCCACACACUUGCUCAGCCCCAUGGCUAUGGACUGGGUACACUAGUGGUUUUCAGAUGUUUUGGACUCUAAGCCCCCCUCACUCCUGACCUGCAGCCCUCUGACCCUGCUGGUGCCCCUGACUCCUAACCCACAAUCCCUGAGCCACACAGCCUUGCUGGUGUCCCUCACUCCCAACCCGCUGGGUGGGGGGGAGGUAUGAUCUGAUGUUGCCACUCCCCUCAGGCUCUCUACACUGCCUUCCCACACAUGCAUGUAGCACCCCCCCUUGGCUUCCUUCUGCUCCCUUCAGUCCCAAAUAGCCCUUUGCAAGCUGAAAUGCUGCUAGCCUGCAAAGAGAAACCCAUUGUUUCCCAAAUUUUUUCCUUUAAAAAAGAAAAUCCACAUUUUUCUGCAAACUGGAUAGUGGCAGCAGCAGCAGGCUCAGCCCGGGUGUUGGCUGCCCCAACUGACCUCGGAGAUCACAAUCGCGCCAGGUCUGCGCCCCCUGCAGUUCCCGUGAAACCUGCGGUGACCCCCCCAGGGGGUUACAUACCCCUGGUUGAGGAUCACUGGGGUACAUAUUGAUAAGAUCCAGGAGGAAUCAAAGCAACACUUGGAAAAGGCAAGAGACCUACAUAAGCAGUCAGGACCUGCCUACUAAGUAUGGUUGUCAGCCAAACACCUCCACGCAGGCUGGCCUCACCAAAGCUAGACCACCACUUUAAUGGCCCCAUACUCAUAAUCGGUCAAAUCAACCUAGUAGACUUUGAGAUGCAACUCCCUUGGACACUGGAGAUCCACCUGAUAUUCCACAUCUCUAUAUGCAGCUUGAUGGUGCCAGCAUCUUGAGUGAGAGGAAUGAAGAGGGCCACGGUCAGAGCAUGAGAGUGAGAUAGAAAUUUGAAGAAGCCUGGGAAGGGAUAUGUGGACAGAGGAAGGUGAAAUGGAAGGCGAGGCAGUUGAGGCUAUUGUGGAGGAAUCUGAAACUUUCAUUAAGGGAAAAGAAAGAAAAACCUAUCAAAGACGCCGUGAAGGUGGACAGGAGGAGGAUGUUUGUCAUAUCCCACCUAACCAAGCAGAUGGGGGUGAAGUAGUGCAGGAUGUUAGUAGUGGUGUGCAGAUGGUGAUGAUGGAACAGCUGGAUCCAACACUUCUUCAAAUGAAGACUGAAGUAAUGGAAGGCACUGUGCCUCAGGAAACGGAGGCUACAGUGGAUGACACACAGAUAAUAACACUUCAGGUUGUUAAUAUGGAAGAACAGCCUAUAAACAUUGGUGAGCUUCAGCUUGUCCAAGUACCUGUUCCAGUGACUGUACCAGUUGCCACCACUUCUGUGGAAGAACUUCAGGGAGCGUAUGAAAAUGAGGUUUCAAAAGGAGGCCUACAAGAGGGAGAGCCUAUGAUCUGUCACACGCUCCCUUUACCAGAAGGUUUCCAAGUAGUGAAAGUAGGUGCAAAUGGUGAGGUGGAAACACUGGAGCAAGGAGAACUUCAGCCACAGGAAGAUCCUAAUUGGCAGAAAGAUCCAGACUAUCAGCCACCAGCCAAAAAAACAAAGAAAACCAAAAAGAGCAAGCUUCGUUAUACUGAGGAAGGCAAAGAUGUGGAUGUGUCUGUGUAUGAUUUUGAAGAGGAGCAGCAAGAGGGUUUGCUAUCUGAGGUCAAUGCAGAAAAGGUGGUGGGCAACAUGAAGCCCCCUAAACCAACAAAAAUAAAAAAGAAAGGUGUAAAAAAGACAUUCCAGUGCGAGCUGUGCAGUUAUACCUGUCCACGUCGUUCCAACUUGGACCGGCACAUGAAAAGCCACACUGAUGAAAGGCCACAUAAGUGCCAUCUCUGUGGCAGAGCUUUCCGGACAGUCACGUUGCUGAGGAACCACCUCAACACUCACACAGGUACUCGUCCUCACAAGUGCCCAGACUGCGACAUGGCCUUUGUGACUAGUGGAGAGUUGGUUCGGCAUCGCCGUUACAAACACACUCAUGAGAAACCAUUCAAAUGUUCAAUGUGUGACUAUGCUAGUGUGGAGGUCAGCAAGUUGAAACGCCACAUUCGCUCUCAUACUGGAGAGCGUCCAUUCCAGUGUAGCUUGUGCAGCUAUGCCAGCAGAGACACUUACAAACUGAAGAGGCACAUGAGAACCCACUCUGGAGAGAAGCCAUAUGAAUGUUACAUCUGUCAUGCUCGCUUUACCCAGAGUGGCACCAUGAAGAUGCACAUUUUGCAAAAGCACACGGAGAAUGUGGCAAAAUUUCAUUGCCCCCACUGUGAUACUGUCAUAGCAAGAAAGAGUGACUUGGGUGUCCAUUUGCGAAAGCAGCAUUCCUACAUUGAGCAGGGCAAGAAAUGUCGCUACUGUGACGCUGUGUUCCAUGAGCGAUAUGCUCUCAUCCAGCAUCAAAAGUCUCACAAGAAUGAGAAACGUUUCAAGUGUGACCAGUGUGAUUAUGCAUGCAGACAGGAGCGGCACAUGAUCAUGCACAAACGUACCCAUACUGGAGAAAAGCCUUAUGCCUGUAGCCAUUGUGAUAAAACCUUCCGUCAGAAACAGCUCCUUGAUAUGCACUUCAAACGUUACCAUGACCCCAACUUUGUCCCUGCUGCCUUUGUCUGUUCGAAGUGUGGUAAAACAUUCACUCGCAGGAACACCAUGGCUAGACAUUCUGAUAACUGUUCUGGCCCAGAUGGUGCAGAAGGAGAGAAUGGAGGGGAGCCGAAUAAGAAGGGUAAACGUGGAAGAAAAAGAAAGAUGCGAUCUAAGAAGGAAGAUUCAUCUGACAGUGAAGAAAAUGCUGAGCCAGAUCUGGAUGACAAUGAAGAAGAGGAGGAGACGGCAGUAGAAAUUGAGGCUGAACCAGAAGUGGAGCAAGUGGCCCCUGCACCGCCUCCUGCUAAGAAACGAAGAGGAAGGCCACCAGGCAAAGCCAACCAACCAAAGCAGCCCCAGCCUACAGCAAUCAUUCAGGUUGAAGACCAGAACACUGGUGCAAUUGAAAACAUUAUAGUUGAAGUAAAGAAAGAACCUGAUGCAGAAACAGUAGGAGAAGAGGAGGAAGCUCAGCCUGCUGUAGUGGAAGCUCCCAAUGGAGACCUCACUCCCGAGAUGAUUCUCAGCAUGAUGGACCGGUGAUGGAGGAAAGGCCGCGCGUGCUGACUGAACUGGCCUGGGCUGUGUUUAAGCGGCUCAAAUCUAUUUUUCCUUUUACCUUUUCUUGGCUUUGGGAAAUGCAUCAUUUUAGACCAUUUUACCAAACAUACUGGGAAAUAAAACUUCAAAAUGAUGUUAGAAUGUGAUUUAACUAGAACUUGCUGUUUUAUGUUAGCAUUACUACAGGAUCAUGGAACAUUAGGAAAUAUUUUGGAGUCCUCGAGGGUUUCCUCAGAUGCUCGGUUUUUGAUCUGAACUGCAUUGUAAUGAUGGUCCAAGGACAGUGUUUACAUGCAACAAGUUUUAAUACAAAAGUGGAAAAGCAAAAGCCCAGACUAAAGUAAUGUGGUAAACCACUCCGGACUUGUCCAUCCAGUUCCCAGAGUCCUCCAGCCUCCUUCUCCCAGUAGUGUUUUUAACUGUAAAUGCAGACUUGGGAAGGUUCUAGACUUUUAAAAUGUUUUUGUUUUUGCUUUUCCCCACUGACUAGCUCCGGUUCUCCAAGUCGGCUGCACACGGUAGUUUUGGCAUGCUCCAGCUGGUUUCUGUCCUUAAUAUGCUUUGCUUUCUGCAAAGCAUUUCUGUAAUGGUCAAGCUUGUAAAUAACUUUUUUUUACAUUUUAAUCUUUUUUCCAUUAAUUAAGAGGUAUGAAAAAUGCAGUUUCCGUAAACCCCAGUAUUUUAAUUACUUCCAAAUGAAGUGACAAGAAAAUUGGUGGAGUGUAAAUGUUGGAAAACCUGUUGACAACCAAUCAUGUAGAGGAGAAAAGUACCCAGACUAUUUGCUUGCUGAACAACAGAAACCCAGACGUGAAACCAGGUUACAAAGCACGUGGAACUGGCAUUUGAAACAUGUAUAAUUCCCUUCUUUUCAGUUAUACCUUCACGACUACAUUUUCUUUGCUCUAUUUUGUAGUUGUAUUUUGUGUUUAUGAAUCCAAUGUUAAGACAGAAGUGGUGAUUUUUGUAUUUGGGUCACUGCAGCCCUCAACCUGGGCCAGGAAAUUUUACUAGGUCAGUAAUUAUAAAAUUUUGGAUCUCUAAUGAAAAAAAGGAAUAAUGUGAAAUACAAAUGAUGCCUGUAUAUGAACCGUCACAUGUUUAAAAUAUGUAAGCUUUUUAUAGAGCCUCAGUCUUGCUGAUUUCAAACAAAUUUUUCUUCUAUGUAUCGCUUUUAAAAGAGCUAUCAGUUUAGCUAUCAGACUCUAGGUUGAUGCAUUUUUGUACUUAGCUGUACUGUGUGAUAUUUUUCAUUAUUUUAGGAAGCCAACAUGAGAAAAAAAAACUGUUAUAAAAUAUGUAAUGGGGUUUGAAAAGCUGAGAAGGAGAAUAUACUGCUGUACAGCUAAUAAAUAAUAAUGGAUUAACA